AUGAGAACUGCUAGAGAAAUAUUUCCUUUUGACGGGAAAAUGAAGAAAUUAUUUAGCGUUUUAUUUAUUUUAAAAUGCAUUUCUGGGGAUCCGACACCUAUUGUUCUUUGGCAUGGAAUGGGUGAUACAUGUUGCUAUUUCUACAGUCUCGGAUCGUUCAAAUUGUUUUUGGAGAGGCAAAUAGCAGGUGUAUAUGUAAAUUCCCUACAAAUAGGAAAUUCGACAAUAGACGAUUUUGAUAAUGGUUAUUUUAUGCAUCCAAACAAACAAGUAGAAUAUGUGUGCAGAUUGUUAGCCAAUGAUCCGAAAUUAGCACAAGGAUUUAAUGCAAUUGGAUUCUCACAAGGUGCUCAAUUUUUGAGAGGUGUUGUUCAGCGAUGUGGUCACAAAUUGCCACCAAUAAAGAAUCUGAUAUCAUUGGGUGGUCAACACCAAGGUGUAUAUGGUCUGCCACAUUGUGGAGCCUUAGAACAUACAGCUUGUGACUAUGUGAGAAAGCUGCUUAAUUAUGCUGCUUAUUAUAGUUGGGUACAAGAUUCCCUCGUCCAAGCAACGUACUGGCACGAUCCACUAAACGAGAUUGUUUAUAAAAAACAGAGCCAAUUUUUGGCCGAUAUAAACAACGAGAGAAGAAUAAAUACAACGUACGUUCAAAAUCUGAAUCGUCUGUCGAGUUUCGUUCUCGUGAAGUUCGACGGUGACAGCAUAGUGCAACCGCGCGAAACUGAGUGGUUCGGCUUUUACGCGCCGGGCCAGGCUGAGCGGUUGGUGACUUUGGAGGAGACUGCUCUCUAUAAAGAGGAUCGUUUGGGGCUAAAGGCGAUGAAGGAAUCCGGUAAACUUAUAUUCCUGUCGACACCUGGGGACCAUUUGCAUUUCGAAGAGAAAUGGUUCAUCGAGGAAAUAAUCAAACCCUAUUUACUG